CUGAUUGGCUGUGCUGCCCCAUGUGACCAUUGGGCUUGUUUAUUCCGUCACGGGCGGAAAGCGAGCCGCGAGGCCUGGUGUUCGUGCAGGCCUGGAGUCCCUCACCGAGUGGGGCAAUGUUUGGAGCCAGGCCCAGCCUAGGAGACACGUGGCUCCACCCCUCAUCGUUGAGACCAAUCCAAAGGAGGGAGGCUGUGAGUGGCAGGCGCGCAGACCAAUCGGGUGGCAGUAAAUGGUGCGGGGCAGACGAGGUGAAUCCGCCAUGUUAGGAGCCUCUGUCACAACAGUGAGGAGCGAGCGGCGCCGGGAGCCUCCCCCUGCCCAGGGAACCGCUGAACCGCCCCCCUUCCCUGCCGGGACCGGCCUCAGGCGGCCCCACAGCAUGGAGCCCCAGGUAAACCUCAGUGUGACUUUUAGAGGUGAGACUCAGAGUUUCCUGGUUUCAGAUUCAUCAAACACUACCUGGGCUGAUGUAGAAGCCAUGGUGAAAGUUUCAUUUGAUCUAAACAACAUUCAGAUCAAAUACAUGGAUGAGGAUAAUGAUGAGGUCUCUGUCAAUAGCGAAGAGGAAUAUGAAGAAGCUCUGAAGAUUGCAGCUACACAAGGAAAUCAGCUCCAAAUGAAAGUGUAUCAAGUAAACUCCCUUCCAAGUGAAACUUCGCAUUCCUGUUCCACGCAAGUCUGUGAAAAAGCUGGAUUAGAAAACCUGUCCAUUCCCAAAGAUGGAAAGCGACCUCUCUCUCACUAUUCCAUGCUUGCUCAGGCCUUAGGGCAGGACUUAAAGGCUGAAAGGGAAACCACAGCACAGGUUUGCAGUUUAUUUUUGGCUCUACAGCAAAAGCUAAAUCAAAACGAAGCUGAAGGGACCAAUGAAAAGCCUCCAGAGUGGUUUACUAGCUACUUGGAAUUAUUUAGGGAACAAGUAGUUAAAGAAACUGUUGAGAAACUUGAGCAAAAACUAAGUGAGAAGCUCAUCCUUCAUAAUCAGCCCCCAGACUCAUCCAGCAGCUCCACCGUAAUAGCACAGCCCGCUCCAGAGACCCAGUCGACACAAGGCAGCCAGUGUGACUGGCUCAUCUCCUGCAGCAACUGCCACGCCCAGAUUGUGGGGAUCCGCUACCAGUGCAGUGUGUGCCCAGCCUACAGUAUCUGUGAACCGUGUGAGGCAGGGACAUAUGCACAUGAUCCUAAUCAUGUCUUGUUGAAGUUGCGGAGACCUGUUCUAUGUGUCUCAGAGACAUACAGCGUUGGGCAGUUCUCUCCUCGUCUCCCUGCUACUCUGGAGCAAGUUAGGCUCCAGAAACAAAUGGACAAAAGAUUUCUGAAGGCAGAAAAGCAAAGAUUACGAGCGGAGAAGAAACAGCGCAAGGCUGAAGUCCGAGAGCUCAAAAAGCAGCUCAAGCUGCACAGGAAGAUUCACCUGUGGAACUCUGUCCAUGCGCUGGAGAUCACCAGCUCACCCGCUAUCAAACCAGAGAGCCUGCAGCCCAGUGCCCUCAUGAGUCCUGUCCAGCCCUGCCCAAGAGUUGUCCCUACACUGAGCGCAGCGUUCGUGGAUGAGAAUUUGCCUGAUGGGACUCACAUACAACCAGGGACACAGUUUAUCAAGCACUGGCGAAUGAAGAACACUGGCAACGUGGAGUGGAGCUCAGACACCAAGCUGAAAUUCAUGUGGGGAAAUCUGACCCUGGGGUCUUCUGAAAAAAAGGAUGUAUUGGUGCCAUCCCUGCCAGCAGGGCAAGUGGGGAUUGUCUCGGUCGAGUUUAUUGCUCCUGCUCUAGAAGGGACCUACGCUUCUCAUUGGCGGCUGUCACACAAGGGGGAGCAGUUUGGGCCCAGAGUUUGGUGCAGUAUUGUUGUGGAUCCUUCCGCAGUCACUGCCUGCCUGGAGAGGAAUCAGAAGACCUCUAGUUCUAUUCUAAAGGAUAAAGAUUCCUGUAGAAAUGAGGUGGUUUCUUCAAAAUCAGAAGCGGAAGGCCAGGAGGCUGGUGAGAGGAUGGAGCAGACAGACUUGCCAGUGCCAGGCAUCCCUCUGAAGAUUAAAAAUAUCCCCAGCGAGAGAGAGUUUUACAUCCCAUCAGUUGAUCUCCUUACUGCACAGGAUUUGCUGUCCUUCGAGCUGCUGGACAUUAACAUUGUGCAGGAACUGGAGCGAGUGCCACACAACACUCCUGUUGACAUGACUCCAUGCAUGUCUCCUCUGCCACAUGAUAGCCCUCUGAUAGAGAAGCCUGGCUUGGGUCAGAUAGAGGAGGAGAAUGAGGGGAGUGGAUUUAAACCAGUACCUGAUGCUCACAUGGUGAAAAUGAAGGCUGAACAUCCAGUGAACUUGGAAGAAGGGGAGGAGGACAUGAGUGGGACUCAGUUUGUAUGUGAAACAGUUAUACGCUCACUCACCCUAGAUGCUGCACCUGACCACAAACCCCCUCAAAGGAAGAAAUCACUGCAGAGCUCCCUGCAAACACUACAAGACACCUUCAGUUACAGUGUAAAAAGUGAAGAAGCUGUUAGGACAAAAAGUAAUUCCGCUUCCAAACCCAAGGAAAUGGGGUCAAAGAGCGAACAGACAGAAGAAAAUAGGUUUGAGAAACUUGCAGUGUCUGAUGGAGCAAAUCUCAGUGGGGAGCCUAGUGAUGCAGAGUAUGAAGAGGAGGAGGAUUUUAAAGAUGAAGAUCAAAGCCAAGUGUCCUCUGCUUCUUCAGAGGAUUAUAUCAUCAUUCUCCCUGAGUGCUUCGAUACCAGCCGUCCGCUGGGAGAGUCUAUGUAUAGCUCUGCCCUCUCUCAGCCCAGUUUGGAAAGAGCGAUAGAUACUGACAUGGAGAUGGUGAUCCCAGAAGGAGAGAGCCAGCCUCAGGUCCAUAAUAUCAACGACAUCUUAACAACUUCACAGACGUUGGAUGCAGUACUGUUGACCCCAGAGAUAGUCAGCACCCUACCCCAGCCACAAAGGAACCCCUCUUCUCUUCAGAGUCAUGGUCUCCAAAAAGCAAAUUUGCCAUUUACAGAGGAAAUACCUUCAGCUGUUCCUGAUCAAAUCAGACAAGAGCCUAGAUAUGAAGACUUUCCUGGACCAGGACCGUCAAGAAUUGUAAAUAAUAAUAAAUCAAAGUGCCCAGAAUACACAAGACACCCCCAAGGAAGCAGCAUUGCAGGAGGACUGGUUAAAGGAGCUUUGUCUGUUGCUGCCUCUGCCUACAAAGCACUGUUUGCUGGACAGUCCAUUGCAGAACAGCAGUCUACAACUACAGAGGAGCAGACUGCCACUCUCCUAGCCAAUCUAUGUGAGAUGGGAUUCUGUGACAGGCAGUUAAACCUGAGACUGCUGAAGAAACACAACUAUAACAUAGUGCAAGUGGUUACCGAAUUGCUUCAGAUCAAUAACAAUGACUGGUACACCAGCAGAUACUGACUCCUCCUGGUAGCCGAAGCACCCAUAUUUGACCAGACUGUUAUUAAACACCACAGCAGCAGACUA